CACCCCACUGGACGGGAUAGGUGUAUAAAUGGUGUAACGCUGGGAGUAGCUCUGCGAUAUACCACUGGUAUAUCGCAGAGCUAACCCUAGCGUUACACCAUUUAUACACCUACAAUAGGUGGGGAGAGGCACUGUGACAGUAAAGAAUCUGCAAGAACACAUUGCAACGACUCCCUGGCUAGGGCUCGAAACUGGACCGCUCGAUUCGGAAUCAAGCGUGCCACCCAUUAGGAGUCACCAUUAGGAGUCCUUCUGGCCGGUAGUGUUUUCAAGAUCCUACCGGCCAGAGGGACAAGAUAAACAGAAAACUGAAAAUAUUACUGUAGAGUGAUUCUAGUAUAGUGUAAGACUAAAGAGCAAUGUAUCAAACUAUUCUGCAAAUAAAACAGUCAGUAUACACAAGCUGUCCCUCUGGCCGGUAGUAUUUUCAAGUUUCUACCGGCCGGCCAGAGGGACAAGGCAAACGAAGUUUGAAUUCGGGGAUCUACCGAAUCAAAAGCUCAGUAAAAAUUCGUUCUCAAGGAAAGACGUACUUAAAAACCCUUGUGCCAAAGUCAAAGACGUCUACAGUGUUGAGCGUACAAAUUUACGGUUUACGAACUAGACGGGAAGAGACCUAAAGGAAUACACAGCAUUCACUACUUUACUCUCGGUUUUUACCCUCUACACAUUAUUCUUAACAUGUCAGGUAAAUAAAUAAAAACGUACUUGUCUUGUUGAUCAACACAGUUUUACCACUGUCAAUUCGCAAACUGAUUAACAUCAGUUAUGUGACUGGUAUAGUCCGCCAUAUUGAAAUCGCCGACAAUUUCCGAAAGCUGCUCUACUCGGAAACUCGCUCCUUGAACUCCUCGGUUGUCUUUCUGGACACAACCGUGUCAAUCAAUAAUUCUCUUUUCCUCAUAGUGGAUUGCGCGCUGUUCGGACAAGUGUGGACGUUGUUCUUGCAAAGUUGAUGUUGUACGUUCAAACUUGAUGCUGUUCGUACAAAGUUGACAUUCGUUCAAAGUGUGAACAUUACUCGUACAAAGUAAUCGACAUUCUUUGCCCAAAGUUGACGCGACGUUGUUUUUGGAAAGUGUGGUCGUUGUUUUCACAAACUUGACCUUCUUUGCACAAAGUUUUGUACAAAGAAAGAAGAAAAUUGGCAAGUUAAUCUUGAUAUAAAAACUGCUUAAUAUUUUGUAGCUUACGAGAAUCGACAACAAAUGAUAUCGGAAAAAAAACCUGUUUAGGAAAAUAUUAACACCCGAACGGAGUAUGAGCCAGUAUAACACACUUUUAAGGCUAAAUAUGCUGAGUAAGCGUCACAGAAAAUCUCGAGACAUUUAGCCUGCAGGACAGGCGGAUUAGCUGGGCAGUGAGCGAGACGCGAUACACGAGCGCGGAGCGCGAGACGAAAAAAAUCUGCCCCGCUAAUCCGCCUGUUCUGCAGGACACGAGACAUUCGACAUUUCACAUGAUGGACCAACCUCGUUCCCAGGGUCUCUCAUCUUAUCGCCCCUUGGAGCUCCAGGGGGCGGUAAGAUGAGAGACCCUGGGAACGAGGUUGAUGAUGGACAUGCCAAAACGUACGGUAGCCUGCGAACACUGACGUAUUUCCGGCUGUCGCUCACUCGCUUGUUAUUUUAGCGGAGACAAGCGACAGCCGGAAAAACGUCUGCAAGAGACCAAACGAGACCGGAACAAACGUUUUCUCCCUUUUUUUUUUUCACAGACGACGAGGAAUAUCUCUAUCUUCAGGUAACAAAAAAAGAAGAAGGCCUGAUCGUAGGCUAUUUUAAUUAAGAAGUUAGCCCUCGACAGACGUUGUUGAGCCCAGUGAGAAGCCAUUAAUAAUACAUUAAGCCCUGGCAAUGCACGUCAAAGACUCGUCCUUUGGUUUGUGUAAGCUCCUUUUACUGCUGGUCGGACUCGAUGUCCUCGUCGCUAAGAAGAUUCAAGACUCACAAGGCUGCGUUGCAAACGAUCAAUCGACAAUUACCAUAACAGGUAGUAAUGGUACGAUUCCAAAAACGCCUGGAUGGCUUCCGCUCAAUGCUACAUGUCAGUGGAACAUCACGGCCCCUGUAAACAAGGUGCUCAGAAUUUACAUCACGGCCUCAUUUCAGAAGCCCUGUAGCGACAAACAUCUAAGGAUCCACGAUGGACCUAGUGACGCAAGCGACAUAAUGGCUGAAUACAAUUGUAACAGCACCCUGGUUAAUGGAACUUCUUUUUUCUCAAGCGGCCGUAGCUUGUGGUUGGAGGCGAAGACUGGAGUAACUGAGAAUGCCACUGCCAUGCGUGUGUCGUAUGAAGCGCAGGAAAAGCAAGCUAAAUCAGUAUUGUUAAGGGGUAUUAGUCGGCCUUCUUUAAGCCGUUGAAAAGAGCUGAAAUGCUCUUAUAACGUUAAACUGGAAAUUAAAAUCUCAUAGUAGAAGGUAAAAGUACAAUUCAAAGAGACUUCUAUUCUCUAGCCGAGUGCAACUUCAGUCUUUGAAAAAAGGUAACUUCCACCUUGUUAUCCUAUUGGCGAUAACAAAACGUUAUAUACCUAUUUUUCAUUCUAUGUCUUGAAAUUAAUAAUUUCGGAUAUUUUUUCCUCGUGAAACUGAUGUGUUUUCGAUGUCACCCAGUCAUACAAUUGUUGUACCGAGCCCCCCGCCCUCUUGGUUACGACUCGAGUUUUCAAUGUCUGAUAAUUGCUCAAUGUUCACUUUCAGAAUGUUCUAAAAACAAGACCUUAGUUGCUCCUCAGUCGCCAACAGAGUACAACUUUUCCAGUCCGUAUUACCCUUAUGGUUAUCACAGAAACAAGACUUGUGGAUGGUACAUCACGGCAUCCGAGAAUCACGUUCUUAAGCUUCAUUUUUUGCCACAGUUAAACAAUUGGAAUACUUUAAAACACAACGUGCAGAUUUAUGACGUGGGGGACUCGGAUCUUACCGCCAUCAGCCUGCAGUCCUGGAAAAUAUAUUCCAAGUUUCGUUCUGUCUACGUUGUUUUCAAGAGCGAUGAAAAGGUGGAUGGAGGUGUGGAGCAGGGAAUAUUUGUCAAUUAUUCGGCUAUCAAGACAGUACGUGAUUGUUCCUUGGCCAACUCUGAUGACGAGAACUUGAAUAUCGAGCUUCGAAAUGCCUCGGGAGUGGUCAAAAGCCCCUGGUAUCCACAAAGUUCUCAUUACGAGUUAGCAAACAAAUGUCAUUGGAAGAUAAUUGCACCAAAAGGGAAAGUUGUGAAAAUAGAAUUCUUGUCUUUCCGAGUAUACUAUAUCUAUGUAGAAAUCGCAGAUAGAAUAAACGGAUUGUAUCCUCGUAUCGUGAAAUUCUCUGGGGAACUACCAUCGUUCAAUUUCUACUCGACGGGACACGAGCUCAGCAUAAUGGUUAAAGGAUAUAGAAGCAACCUCGGUGCAGGAUUCAUUGCAAACUACUCAUCGAUUCCUGCAGUUUCAUCAGGAACUUGCAACCUAAACAAGAGCUCCACGGUGUAUCUGACAGGUGAAGGAAGAACCUUUUCAACUCCUGGAUAUCCACUAAACCCGGGCAAAGGAACCUGUGGCUGGAACAUCACUGUACCUCCUGGGGAAUUUGUAAAAGUCACAUUUUGGGAAAUGGUCGGAUACCGUCUUCAAAACUACGCCACAGUCUAUGAUGUGUCAAACUACACUUGGCGCAAAUUGGGAACAUACGCUCGAGACUACAGCGAGAAUGAAUUCUAUUCAAUAGGAAACAGUGUGUUUGUAGAGUUUACAUCGCUGUAUCUAGUGUAUCCAGGAGGCUUCUUGGCAUCUUAUGAGGCUCUUAAAGCGGUGCCCGCGAGAUACUCUUGUUCUAAGCCCAGUCCGUACUGGUGGUCUAAAAACGUGGUCACUCUACAUCGCCCUCAAGGUGAAUUUGCAAGUUUUGGGUAUCCUCUCCCUUACCCAAAUGACGUAGAGUGCUCAUGGAAAAUUGAAGCACCCGCUGGAUAUGUCAUCCAAUUGACCUUUCAUUCUUUUCAUUUGGAACAGUCCAAAUAUGCAGAUUGUCUGUGGAAUGAUGCUGUUGGGAUUUUAGACCACGACGCAAUAUUUGCAAGGAAAAUUGGAACUUUCUGUGGUUCUUCGCUUCCUCCGAUUAUUCAAUCAAAUUAUUCAAGUGUGUACGUGAACUUUCAAACUGACAGCACAGGCCGAUACCCAGGAUUCCAUGCAAGCUACAAAACACUUCCUGACCCUUCCAUGGGACCGUGCAAAGAUCCAUGGCGCGACAACGUUAUUUCCAUGAAUGGAGAAACAGGGAGACUCUUCUCGCCACAAUAUCCACGCAACUUUGCUGGCAGCAUUCAAUGCACCUGGGUAAUAACAGCCCCCAAGGGAAAGUUUGUAAAGUUAAGUAUAAAGACCUUGCAGUUGGGGCCUGAUUGUCAUUCCUCCGCUCUUUACAUUCGGGAUGGCCAGAAUUCAUCCAGUGAUUUGCUUAACAAGUACUGCAAAGUUGAAGGAUUUCAGUCCCUCCUGCCUUCCGUGUUUUCCGGCGAUCGCUAUCUUAGGGUUCAGUUCCAGUCUUGGAAACAUUAUCGUUCUUAUGUAUCAAAGUUUGACGCUGUUUUUGAAGUGGUAAAACAAGUACCAGCUCCCUAUUCUUGUACUGAGAAAAACCAGGUUACGCAUUUGAAGUCGACAUCUGGCAGCCUGGCAAGUUACAACUACCCUCUACCUUAUGAUGAGCCUGCUGAGUGUACUUGGGAAUUCAAUAUGGAUUCUGAUUACAAAAUAAAGUUGUGGUUCGAUUUCUUUAAUGUGUCCUGCAAAUACGAUUAUGUUCGAUUGCUCAAUAAAGAUUAUUGCGGAUCAGAGAAGCCUUCCCCCGUUCUUUUAACCACCAGCGAUACAGUUUCCUUCACGUCCUAUGGGUUUGAUGAGUAUCCGGGCUUCAAGGCAAGCUACGAAGCAGAGAGAGCCUCAAGUCUCAGUCCCCUGAAGAUUGUGGGCAUUUCAUUUGGCGUCCUUUCAGCAUUGUGUGUGGUUAUAUUUAUCGGCUACAAGUGCUGGAGGAAAAAGAAUCGUAUUCCACACAGUGCUGUUGUGCACAGCGUGGCAAACGAUGUGCAAACUGAGCAGGAACAAGACACCACUCUUUAGCUUGACAGGCUCAACGUCAAACGAAUCUAAUUUGACAUCUUGCUUGGUCACGUGGCUCUCUCAUUGUAAACUGACUGACAGACGUCAAUUAACAAGAAAUGGAGAGUGACUAGCUGAUGAAAUUAGCACGAUUAAUCGUCACAUGUUAUCGAGCUUUUUCAAAAGUUAAAUAAAUGAUAAUAAUGAUGAUGAUACCGAUGCCGAUGCCGAUGACGA